AUGGAGGGUGGUGAAAUGUUCAGAGGCGGCAGUGCGAGGCUGGGCAGCUCGAACGUGUGGCGAAACAGCGCCAUGGAAGUGUUCUCGUCCCGGGGAGAAGGGGACAGCGACGAAGAGGCGCUGAAAUGGGCCGCCAUUGAGAAGCUUCCAACUUAUCUUAGAGUCCGGAGAGGCAUUUUGACAGAAGAGGAAGGGCAGUGUAAAGAGGUGGACGUAAAGGGGCUCGGGUUGGUUGAGAAGAAGAAUCUGUUAGAGAGACUUGUGAGAGUUGCAGAAGAAGAUAAUGAAAAGUUCUUGUUGAAGCUCAAGCAGAGAAUUGACAGAGUGGAUAUUGAUCUUCCCACGAUUGAAGUCCGGUUCGAGCACUUGAAUGUAGAUGCAGAAGCUUAUGUUGGUAGUAGAGCACUUCCCACAAUUUUCAACUUCACAGUAAAUAUGCUAGAGGGAUUCUUGAAUUCUAUUCAUAUUCUACCAAAUAGAAAGAAACCAUUGCCAAUCCUCCAUGAAGUCAGUGGAAUAAUCAAGCCUGGAAGAAUGACACUGCUUUUAGGUCCGCCUAGUUCGGGUAAGACAACGUUGUUGUUAGCCUUGGCUGGAAAAUUGGGUUCAGAUCUAAAGGUUUCCGGGAAGGUAACAUACAAUGGCCACGAAAUGACAGAGUUUGUACCACAGAGAACCUCGGCAUAUAUAAGCCAAUAUGAUCUCCAUAUAGGCGAACUGACCGUAAGAGAAACUCUAGCAUUUUCAGCAAGAUGUCAAGGCAUUGGACCGCGUUAUGAGAUGUUGGCAGAAUUGUCGAGGCGGGAGAAAGAGCUAAACAUUAAGCCAGAUCCAGACAUUGAUAUUUUCAUGAAGGUAGCUUCGAUUGAGGGAGAAGAAGCGAGCGUCGUGACAGAUUAUGUUCUCAAGAUUCUGGGGCUUGAAGGCUGUGCUGAUAUCCUUGUUGGAGAUGAAAUGAUCAGAGGGAUUUCGGGGGGACAGAAAAAACGGGUCACAACAGGAGAGAUGAUGGUUGGACCGGCGAGGGUGCUGUUUAUGGAUGAGAUAUCGACAGGUUUAGAUAGCUCGACGACUUUCCAGAUAGUGAACUCUAUAAGGCAAUCCAUCCACAUUCUCCAGGGAACAGCUGUGAUCUCACUGCUGCAGCCUGCACCCGAGACUUAUGACUUGUUCGACGACAUAAUUCUUCUGUCUGAUGGACAGAUUGUGUACCAAGGCCCUCGAGAGAAUGUAGUCGAAUUCUUUGAACACAUGGGGUUCAAAUGCCCCGAGAGAAAAGGCGUAGCUGAUUUCCUGCAAGAAGUAACAUCUAGGAAAGACCAAGAGCAGUACUGGGCACGUAGACACGAGCAGUACAAGUUCAUCACUGCCCGAGAAUUCUCUGAAGCGUUUCAGUCCUUCCACGUUGGGCGGAAGCUAGGCGACGAGCUUGCUGUUCCUUUCGACAAAGCCAAAAGCCACCCUGCAGCCUUGACUACCAAGAAGUAUGGUGUUAACAAGAAGGAACUCUUGAAAGCUUGCAUUUCGAGAGAGUUCCUUCUCAUGAAGAGGAACUCAUUUGUCUAUAUAUUCAAGAUGAUGCAAUUGACACUAAUGGCAUUCAUAUCGAUGACACUAUUUCUGCGAACGAAGAUGAAAAGGGAUUCUGCAACAGAUGGUACCAUCUUCAUGGGUGCUUUGUUUUUCGCGGUGAUCACAACAAUGUACAAUGGAUACUCAGAGCUGUUCCUCAGUAUCUUGAAACUUCCUGUCUUUUACAAGCAAAGAGAUUUCCUCUUCUUCCCUUCGUGGGCUUACGCUUUGCCUACCUGGAUCCUCAAAAUCCCAAUCACACUAGUAGAAGUUGCAAUUUGGGUGUGCAUGACUUACUAUGUUAUCGGAUUUGAUCCAGAUGUUGGAAGGUUUUUCAAGCAGCUGUUCCUUCUGAUAUGUGUAAACCAGAUGGCAUCAGCGUUGUUUCGGUUCAUUGCAGCACUGGGAAGGAACAUUAUAGUUGCCAACACGUUUGGAUCGUUUGCGUUGCUGACAGUUCUUGUGAUGGGUGGAUUCGUUCUAUCACGCAAUGAUGUGAAAAAAUGGUGGGUGUGGGGUUACUGGUUCUCCCCUAUGAUGUAUGCACAAAAUGCUAUUGCUGUGAAUGAGUAUCUUGGCAAGAGUUGGAGACAUAUUCCUUCGGGUUCGAGUGAGCCAUUAGGUGUAACGGUUUUAAAAUCUCGAGCUAUCUUCCCUGAGGCGCGGUGGUAUUGGAUUGGAGUUGGAGCUCUUAUUGGAUAUGUGAUUCUGUUCAAUUUCCUAUUCACAGUGGCUCUAACUUACCUCAACCCUUUUGGUAAGCCUCAGGCUGUUCUAUCCGAAGAAACAUUAGCCGAAAGGAAUGCCAGCAAACGAAGGGAGAGUAUUGAAUCCAUUUCGGAGAGGCGAAACGAUGUCCUGAAAAGUGCGUCUUCGCGGUCAAUAUCAUCGAGAGUAGGCAGCAUAAACGAGGCUAAUCCGAACAGGAGAAGAGGAAUGGUUCUUCCAUUUGAACCCCAUUCGAUAGCCUUCGACGAAAUCAAAUAUGCUGUGGAUAUGCCUCAGGAAAUGAAAGCUCAGGGGUUUACAGAAGACAGGCUUGAGCUUUUGAAAGGUGUUAGUGGUGCCUUUAGGCCCGGGGUUCUCACGGCCCUAAUGGGCAUAAGCGGUGCAGGCAAAACCACGCUCAUGGACGUCCUGUCUGGUCGAAAAACAGGCGGAUACAUUGAAGGAAACAUCAGCAUAUCGGGCUAUCCUAAGAAGCAAGAAACCUUCGCUCGGAUAGCAGGAUACUGUGAGCAGACCGACAUCCAUUCGCCUCACGUUACAGUUCAUGAAUCCCUGCAGUACUCAGCCUGGCUUCGGUUGCCCCCAGAAGUCGACACAGAAGCUAGAAAGAUGUUUGUUGAAGAGGUGAUGGAGCUCGUGGAGCUAACACCAUUGAGAGGAGCACUCGUUGGAUUGCCUGGAGUGAACGGCCUGUCAACCGAGCAACGCAAGAGGCUCACGGUGGCUGUAGAGCUCGUGGCAAACCCGUCCAUAAUCUUCAUGGACGAGCCAACCUCAGGGCUCGAUGCUCGGGCUGCUGCAAUCGUGAUGAGGACAGUUAGGAACACGGUGGACACAGGCCGGACCGUUGUUUGCACCAUCCAUCAACCAAGCAUAGACAUCUUCGAUGCAUUCGAUGAGCUUCUGCUGCUGAAACGCGGUGGGCAAGAGAUAUACGUCGGUCCAAUAGGCCGCCAUUCGUCACAACUCAUUGAGUACUUCGAGGCGAUUCCCGGUGUCCCGAGAAUUAAAGAUGGCUACAACCCUGCAACAUGGAUGCUAGAGGUUACUUCUGCAGCACAAGAAAUUCUCAGUGCCACUGAUUUUGCACAAGUAUACAGAAGCUCACAACUUUUCAGGAGAAACAAGGCAUUAAUAAAGGAAUUGAGUAAACCGGCCCUGGGUUCAAAAGAUCUCCACUUCCCCACAAAGUAUUCUCAGUCUUUCUACACACAGUGCUUGGCCUGCCUAUGGAAACAACAUUGGUCAUACUGGAGAAACCCUCCAUACACAGCAGUCAGACUAAUGUUCACAACAUUCAUUGCUCUUAUGUUUGGAACAAUAUUCUGGGAUCUGGGCUCAAGAAGAAGAAAGCAACAAGAUCUAUUCAAUGCAAUGGGUUCCAUGUAUGCUGCCAUUCUAUUUCUUGGUGUACAAAAUGGAUCAUCAGUUCAGCCAGUUGUGAGUGUUGAAAGAAGUGUGUUUUAUAGGGAAAGAGCAGCUGGAAUGUACUCUGCUCUACCUUAUGCAAUUGCCCAGGUUGUGAUUGAACUGCCAUACCUAUUUGUGCAAACAAUCAUCUAUGGUGUGAUAGUAUAUGCAAUGAUUGGAUUUGAGUGGACAGUGACCAAAUUCCUAUGGUAUCUCUUCUUCAUGUACUUCACAUUGUUGUACUUCACUUUGUAUGGCAUGAUGACGGUGGCCGUGACUCCCAACCAUAACAUCGCCGGCAUUGUUUCAUCGGCAUUCUACGCAAUUUGGAACCUUUUCUCCGGAUUCAUCGUACCAAAGACGAGAAUUCCGGUGUGGUGGAGAUGGUACUAUUACAUUUGUCCAAUUUCUUGGACGUUGUAUGGGUUGGUUGCUUCCCAGUUCGGAGACGUUAAGGACAAGCUUGUGGACACUGACCAAACAGUUGAAGAAUUCAUAAAGACAUACUUUGAUUUUGAUCAAGAUUUUGUGGGAUUUGUUGGUGUUAUUCUCGUUGGAUUGUCUCUUCUCUUUGCCUUCAUUUUUGCAUUCUCAAUUAAGGUUUUUAACUUCCAAAAACGAUAG